AAAGUCCGCUAACCUGAUGCAAAGAGGAAGUAUUUGUUCAUUUUCAGGCCUCUUUAAUUUUACUGGAUUUAUCUUGUCAAUAAAGUAAAAUGUCUAAACGAGGUGCGGAAGAUUCAGGCGGGAGUGGUAGUGCUGUAAAUCUCGGCCAGCCACCUAUUAAAAAGGUGCAUUUUGAACCGCACCUUAUUGGACCAGUGUCGACGCUCGAAGAAAUGGACAUCAAAGUGUUGGAGUUUCAAAAUAAAAAAUUAGCCCAACGUAUUGAACAACGUAUGCGCACAGAAGCAGAGCUCCGACAUAGAAUUGAACAAUUGGAAAAGCGCCAGAUGCAGGAUGACGCCGUUUUAAAUGUAGUUAACCGAUAUUGGAAUCAGUUAAAUGAAGAUAUACGCGUGCUGUUGCAACGUUUUGAUGCCGAGACUGCAGAUGAGUCGGAAAAUCGCAAUGAAAAUGAAGUAACAACCUCUUUCCUUACACAAUUAUCCACAUGGGAUAAGGAAGAGCUUGAUGAUAAGCUAGCAAAUCGGGUUCAGGUUUCAAAAAGAGCAGUGGCUAAAAUUGUGCAGGUAAUUGAUCGAAUUAUGCAGCGAAAUGAAAAGAUUACAUUAGCAUUGAAAGAAGGGAAUGGUGUUGCCAGUGGGAGCAAUUCUAAUAAAAACGCAGAGGGAGAAGAUGGAAGCGAGAUUGUUACAAAUAAUCUCUUGCCUAAUAUUGAAGAGACUUUAAAACAAACUCAUAUCGAGAUUAUGACGGAGAAUAGGAAUUUGCAAAGUUUAAAUACUUCACUACAUGAAAAAUUCCAUACUAUUUCUCUAAAAAUGAAAGAGUGUCAAGACGCGCUGACCGCAAAAGAGACCGAAAACGCAGAAUUAAAAAAUCAGAUAGAUGAACUACAAUAUGAUUUGGAGAAAGUACAUUGUCGUAAUGAUAAGUUGGAAAACCAUUUGGCGGAGGCUAUAGAAAAAUUAAAGGCUUACCAUCAAAUGCAUGGUGACCCCAAUAAAAGCUCGUCUUCUGGGAAGGGAUCGGCAACUGCAAAUGUAAAUAGUCAACACUAUGAAGAUUUACAAAAGGAUUUGGAGGAAUACCGUGAGCUUUCUAACAAUCGUCUGCAAGAGUUGGAUAAAUUGCAUGCGACACAUCGGGAGACACUAAAAGAGGUGGAAAAAUUAAAAAUGGACAUUCGUCAGCUGCCUGAGUCAGUGAUUGUUGAAACUACGGAAUACAAAUGUUUGCAGUCACAGUUCUCUGUCCUAUACAAUGAAUCCAUGCAAAUCAAGACUAUGUUAGAUGAAACCCGGAAUCAGUUGCAAACUAGCAAGAAUCAACAUUUACGGCAAAUUGAGGUCAUGGAAAGUGAAGAGCUGAUUGCGCAAAAAAAGGUCCGGAGCGAAAUGAUUCAAAUGGAAGAUGUAUUGGCUCAGAUUCGAAAAGAAUAUGAAACACUGCGUAUAGAAUUUGAGCAAAAUAUGGCUGCUAAUGAGCAAACAGCACCAAUUAAUAGAGAAAUGCGACAUUUAAUUACUUCAUUGCAGAACCAUAAUGGACAGUUGAAGGGCGAGGUGCAGCGAUAUAAACGCAAAUACAAAGAUGCUUCGGCCGAUAAUGUAAAGGUCUCUAAUGCGCUGCGAAAAGAGUUGGAAGAUUCUUUAGCUAAGUUGGAAGGGACGAAGCAGCAACCUGCCACUGCAGAGGAAGUGAAACAGGAAAGCGGUGGUUCAGUGAAGGAGGAGAAUGCACCUAGUGGUGUAGGAACAACCGGCACGGGUACAAACGAAUUAUCAACUGCAGUCAAAGAAGAAAUAGGAACCAAUACGAAAGGGGAUGAUGGCGAUGAAGAAACAAAGGAGCAAAAGGAGGGGAUCAAACAAGAAAAGGGUUCAGCAGGAAUUGGUACGGUUGCAGGUGAAAAGAAAGAUACACAGGCUGCUAACAGUACAAAUAGCAAUGCGCAAAGUGGUGCAGCAGCAGUUGGCACGCCAUGCACAGCUAAUGUUAAAGUGGAAAAAGAUGUUAAGGAUGUGCCGAAGGCAAAGGAUAUCAAAUUAGUGGAAUCUGAAAUAGUACGUGAUUUAAAGGCGCAGUUGAAAAAAGCGCUGAAUGAUCAAAAAGAAAUGAAGCUACUUCUCGAUAUGUACAAGGGCGUUUCAAAGGAUCAACGCGAUAAAGUACAGCUGAUGGCUACAGAGAAAAAACUUCGCUCGGAAAUUGAGGAAUUGCGUCAGCAAUUAAAAAAAAUACAGGAGAGCAAGCGUGAAGAGCGUAAAAAGUUGGCAGAUGAAGAAGCAAUGCGUAAGAUUAAACAACUUGAAGAGCAGAAAUAUGAACUACAAAAACAGGUGGCUAAUCAGAAGCCAGUAGAGAAUACUUGGGGUGGACCUGGUGGAACUAAUUAUGCUCGUCCAUUUGUUGGUUCACAUGAAGAGGAAGCUUUGCUGAAUGAAAUGGAAGUGACAGGACAGGCAUUUGAAGAUAUGCAAGAACAAAAUUCCCGGCUAAUACAGCAGUUGCGAGAGAAAGAUGAUGCUAACUUUAAGCUCAUGUCGGAGCGCAUUAAAGCCAAUCAAAUGCACAAUUUGCUGCGAGAGGAAAAACAAAUAUUGGUGGAACAAAUGACUACGCGAGAUACUCAAAUUGAAGCAAUGCACAUUGUAUUGCGAAAGCUGGAGGAGAAGGAACGCAGUCUUCAAGCGACUGUGGCCACCAUAGAGAAAGAGUUGAUAUUGCGACAACAAGCAAUGGAAAUGCACAAACGCAAAGCUAUUGAGUCGGCACAAUCCGCAGCUGAUUUAAAAUUACACUUGGAGAAAUAUCAUUCACAGAUGAAGGAAGCACAACAAGUGGUAGCGGAGAAAACCAGCUCACUUGAGGCUGAGGCGUACAAAACGAAACGACUGCAGGAAGAAUUGGCACAGUUUAAGCGCAAGGCUGAACGUAUGAAAAAGAUUGAGAUGGCGGGAAGUACUAUUGAUGAAGUAGUUUUGGAGGAGAUACGUGAAUAUAAAGAGACUCUUACAUGUCCGUCGUGUAAGGUUAAGCGGAAGGACGCGGUGCUUUCGAAAUGUUUCCAUGUCUUUUGCUACGAUUGCUUGCGCACUCGUUACGAAACUAGGCAACGGAAGUGUCCUAAAUGUAAUUGUGCAUUCGGUGCGAACGAUUAUCAUCGCCUAUAUUUGACUUAAAAGCAUGUGGUACAUUCCUAAGAGCAUUACAUGUUUCGCCGUAGUAAAACAGCGAUUUUUGCUGCCUCAACUGCGAACAAGUUUAGCAAAAGUCACAAGGGAGCUGUUGCACUUCCAUGGCCUACUUUAUAUAAUUCAAGAUAUAUUAAAGAUUUACUGUUAGAUGUAUGCUGAAUAUGCAUUAAUCAUUGCAAUAAAUUUACCUCUAUACUUA